AUGAACAGGCCAGUUCGAUCAAGAUUAACAUCGGAUAAGCAGAGUAAGAACUUCGAAAGAAAUAUGACAGGACAAACAGACAUCGGAAAGUUGAUCAAAAGUUUGUCAAAUAUAACAUCCUCAGAUAUUUACGCUAGUAACUUAUCACGACUAUCAAAGCAAAUAAAUUUCUAA